AUGCACUCGACGACCUCCAACAUGCAGUCGCCCGAGCGCCGCUUUGGCUGCCAUAUCCCUGGCUGCGGCAAGCGCUUCAAGCGCAAGUUCACGCUGCAGGAGCACCUCAACACGCACACGGGCGCGCGCCCGUACGUCUGCGACUACGACGGCUGCAAGCGCUGCUUCUCGACGCAUGGCAACCUCAACCGCCACAAGUUCAUCCACACGGGCGAAAAGCCCUUUGGCUGCACGACGUGCCUCAAGCGCUUCUGCACCAAGGAGAAGCUCGUGCGCCACGUCAAGACGCACACGAACGGCCUGCGCGCCUAUGCGCCCGCCGACCUGACCGCGUUCCGCAAGGCGUCGACGUCGACGGACGACGAAGGCAGCCACAGCGACUGCAGCAUCGAUGCGCACCCGAGUGUCAAGCCAGCGACGGCCGGCGAGUACGCCUUUGACGACGAGUUCCUCUCAAGCCAGAUCCACGACGAAAUUCUGCUGGCAUUGCAGUCGCUCGACGUCGAGCCGACGCCGGCCGCCGUGUGGCCGCAAGCGAGCAGCAACACCAACGACUUGAUGGCGGCGCUCUGGGUCGACGACGCCCCGCUCAUGGCCUUGCCCAAGGUCGCCGACGAGCCCUUCCCCGUCACGUGGAACCUCGACGACCUUGACGACUUUUACACGAUCAAGCCCGAAGGCACGUGGUUCGUGCCCGAGCCGUUCCCGCAGACGGCUUAAACGCCCGGCGGCUGCUUCACGCCAUAUUUAACAAGGAGGUGCCAACGCUCGCUUUCGCGCAACUCCGGUUCCGCCAUCGCGCAGUCUUGCCGCCUCCAACCUCGGGUGUAGCAAUCCGUAGUUCUAGUUUUGUUAGUCAUAGGUAGUUAACUCUGUUCUAUACAAUCACACGCGCGACCGCCCAGUCCAUCGGCCUUGAGUGGCUCGGACCCGGCGUCGCCCGUGUGUUCUCCUCCGCAA